AUGGACAAGCUCCCUACUGUCGCAAAAGUGAUCAUUGUGCUGGUGCUCAUAGCUGUGGUGCUGAUCUGUAUACUAGUACCAAUGAGUUUCAGCUAUCUGGAGUACUAUGAGUAUGGAUUUUUGCGGCAGAAAUCCACUGGUACAGUGAGUGUAGAUGAAGUUUUUACUACAGGACGUUUCUACACCGGACCAGAUGUUGAAUUUAAAAUCUUUCAAGCCGAUGCCCAUUCUCUAGAACUUGAGGAUAUCACUGUGUUUACAGCAGACAAGCUAGAGGUUGAGGUGACUGUUUAUUUUCAGUAUUUCCUAAGAAAAGAAGACUUAACACUGCUCCAUGCCGCCUAUGACCUUUAUUAUGAAGAUGUCAUGAAGUCCAGUGCGACUGAUGCUGUUAAGGGGGCUACGACAACAUUUAAUACAAGACAAAUGAUAAGUGAUCGGAAGGUGUUGGAGGAAACCAUUUUUACAGCUGUCAGAGAGAGACUGGGUGGCACUUGCUGCAGACAGGACUGCUCCUCAUUUGCUUACGCGUGCCCUGCUGGUUGUAAGCCCUACAGUACUUGUGAGACCAGUGACAAAGGACUGUAUGCAGAUGUGCGUUAUUUCCAGUUAGGAAGUGUGACUAUCUCCAGUUCUGUGAAUGAACGCUUCAUGCAGUCACUGCUUCUACAGGAGGAAGCGGAGACAGAGAUACUGAAACAGGAAGCUCAGGUCAUCAGGAAAAACACUACAGCCAUUGUACAGAGAACUGAGAAUGAGGCUGUAGAAAUUCAGGCACAGGGCACAGCAGAGGCAGCCUAUAUCCAGUCAGUCUCAAACUCCAAUUAUACUGCCAUCAUAGAAACAGCAAGAAGUGAGGGUCUGAAGGCUGUAUUCAAUAGGCUGAGCAUCACAGAUCAGCAAUAUAAAAGCAGUUUCGACUAUUUAAGAACCCUGCGAGGACUUACCCACACCCAUCUGACUGUUGACUUCCAGCAGCUCAUCACUGGCAACUUCUAAAUGGA